AGCAGGUUGGCAGGGGGACUGGCAAACGUUCAAUCUGCUCAUGAGCGCGUGUAAUAGACCGACUCUCUUUUUCGCUCCUUUGGACAAAAAUUACCCGCUGUAGCCUGAAGGCGCCUGUUUUUCCGGUAUUUCCUGCGAAGGCGAGCCUUCCCCCCGGUUUUCAAACCACAAUCAUAACUUGUUAAUGUGGCGGAGUCUUUAUAAACUGGGAUUUACAAACAAACAAACAAACAGAGGACCAAUGAGACUGAAAACUGAAGACGAGGUAGCUUGCAGGUUCUGAGUCCUGGUGUAACAGGAGGAGAUUUUUUUAAAGAUUCGAGCGUGUGUUUUUUUGUUUUAUUUUAUUGACUCUUUUAGGUUUUGACUGAAGACUGGAUGCGCUUUAAACUGAGCUUUAAACUUCUCAGUCGAUUGGGCUCCUCGCCGGUUUGGACGGAAUGAAUUUGCUACGAGGAGCUCGCUUUCUGCGCUUAAGCUACUUUGGCUUUUUUCUACCGCUCGGUGGAAAUGUUUGAGGUCACUGAAAAAUAAGGCUCGCUUUGGAUGUAAAAAGAAGUUUCACACCUGUGAAGUAAACGUUAAGACAGGAGGCUCAGGAUGAAAAGAUGGCAGCCAUGCUGUUUCCACCGGGUCCCGACAGCUUGCACCGGUUCACUCGUGAAUCUCUGGCUGGCAUCGAGCAGCGGAUCGCCGAAGAGCAGGCCCGGAAUGCCAGGCGGUACCAGGAGGACCUGGGCGACGUGGAGCUGCCCAAGCCCCGCGCUGACCUGGAGGCAGGCAAGCAGCUGCCCCGCAUCUUCGGAGACAUUCCAUCAGGUCUGGUGGGGGUGCCACUGGAGGAUAUUGACCCAUUCUACUUCCAGAACCAGAGGACUUUUAUAGUACUAAACAAAGGGAAGGCCAUCUUCCGAUUUAGUGCCACAUCUGCACUCUAUAUUUUUAGCGCUUUUCAUCCCAUUAGAAGAGCGUCGAUAAAGAUUUUAGUACACUCAUUAUUCAGCCUGUUCAUUAUGUGCACUAUUUUGACCAACUGUUGCUUCAUGGCCAUGUCGGAACCAGCGCCGUGGGCCAAGUAUGUCGAGUAUACCUUCACUGGAAUUUACACUUUUGAGUCAUUGAUAAAAAUUCUGGCGAGGGGAUUCUGCAUCGGACCAUUUACCUUCCUGAGGGAUCCAUGGAACUGGCUGGACUUCAGUGUGAUUGUUAUGGCAUAUGUUACUGAGUUUGUGGACCUGGGCAAUGUCUCAGCGUUACGGACGUUCAGAGUCCUACGGGCACUGAAAACUAUCUCGGUCAUCCCAGGCCUGAAGACUAUUGUGGGUGCCCUGAUACAGUCGGUAAAGAAGCUGGCAGAUGUCAUGAUCCUGACUGUGUUCUGUCUGAGUGUGUUCGCGCUCAUCGGCCUGCAGCUCUUUAUGGGUAACCUGCGUCAGAAAUGCGUGCGCAGUCCGGCCCACUGCAUCAACAACACCGUCCCUUCCAUCUACAGCAACAGUUCUUUCUACUGCAAUAAUAGAACCUGGUUGUCAGUGCACGAUUUCAUCACAGAUGAAGACAACUUCUACAAAGUGGAAGGAGCUAAGGAUGCUUUGAUAUGUGGAAACUCGAGUGAUGCUGGGAAAUGUCCAGAUGGUUUUGAAUGUAUGAAGACAGGACGCAACCCAAACUAUGGCUACACUAGCUUUGACACCUUCGGCUGGGCCUUUCUCUCACUCUUCAGGUUGAUGACGCAGGACUAUUGGGAAAAUCUCUACCAUCAGACUUUGCGGUCUGCAGGGAAGACAUACAUGGUAUUCUUCGUGGUGGUGAUCUUCCUGGGUUCCUUCUAUCUGGUGAAUCUGAUCCUGGCGGUUGUGGCUAUGGCCUACGAAGAGCAGAACCAGGCCACCAUUGCUGAGGCAUGGCAGAAGGAGAAAGAGUUCCAGCUGGCCAUGGAACAGCUAAAGAAAGAACAGCAAGCAGCUCAGAAAGCUCAGGAGACUGAGUCAGUGUUGGUUCCUGACCUGUCUCCCUCAGCUCUGCAAGACGACAAAGAGCACAAGGGCAGGAAGAAAAGCCUGAGGCCUCUUUCGGAGGAGGCAGAGAACGAUGGCGUGGAAAAAACACCAAAGCUAGAUGCCAUAGAGGGAGUAAAGCAAACACAUGCUCUGCUAGUGCGCACCCUGUCCUCACGGACCAGACGAGGAAGCCAGGUCAGUAUCUUCAACUUCCGGCCGCGGAACAAGGAUUCAGAGGCGGAUGCUGAUGACGAGUAUAGCGUUUACGGAGAUUCGGAUAGUCGCGCUGGCUCUCUUGUCAUUCCUUGGCACAGGCGACGGACUAGUGCUCAAAGCACAGGCAGUCACAGCUCUCAGGUCUUCUUUCCGAGCCUCAAUAUCAAUGGCAAACUGUUUGUGGCCAUGGAUCAAAACGGCAUCUCAGGCCCUGGACCUCUGAGCCCUCUCCCAUUACCCACAUGCACCAUGGAGAAGGUCAAAGAAGAAAGUGGAACGAACUCACUGAACGAACUAAGCAGCAUGCUCCUCCCCCAGCUGCCCCAGGAGGGCCGAGACAGGGCGCUAAGUGCUGCUAGCUGCCUCACUGACGCCAUGGAGGAGUUGGAGGAAGCCCAGCAGAAGUGUCAUCCCUGCUGGUAUGUCUUUGCCCACCAAUACCUGGUGUGGACGUGCAACCCUGGCUGGCUGAAGCUGAAAGAGUGGGUCAAAUUCAUGGUGAUGGAUCCCUUUCUGGACCUGGCUAUUACCAUCUGCAUCGUGCUUAACACGCUCUUCAUGGCCCUGGAGCAUUACCCAAUGACGGACGAGUUCAACAAGAUGCUGAGUGUGGGCAACCUGGUCUUUACAGGAAUCUUCACAGCAGAGAUGGUCCUGAAGAUUAUUGCACUGGACCCGUACUAUUACUUCCAACAAGGAUGGAACAUCUUCGACAGUUUUAUUGUUUGUCUCAGCUUAAUGGAGCUCGGCCUUUCUAAUGUGGAAGGUCUCUCGGUCCUGCGGUCUUUCAGACUGCUAAGAGUCUUCAAGCUGGCGAAGUCAUGGCCCACCCUGAACACACUGAUAAAGAUCAUUGGGAACUCUGUGGGUGCCUUAGGAAACCUCACUCUGGUGCUGGCCAUCAUCGUCUUCAUCUUCGCUGUGGUGGGCAUGCAGCUGUUCGGGAAGAAUUACGAGCUGUGCGUGUGCAAGAUCUCCAAGGAUUGUAUACUGCCACGGUGGCACAUGAAGGACUUUUUCCACUCUUUCCUCAUUGUGUUCCGGGUGCUGUGCGGCGAGUGGAUCGAGACCAUGUGGGAUUGUAUGGAGGUGGCGGGACAGCCACUCUGCAUCCUGGUCUUCAUGCUGGUCAUGGUGAUCGGGAACCUGGUGGUGCUGAAUCUCUUCUUAGCUCUGCUGCUCAGUUCUUUCAGCGCUGACAAUCUCUCUGCACCAGAUGAGGACGGUGAGAUGAAUAACCUACAGAUAGCCAUCGCUCGCAUCCACAGAGGCAUAGGCUGGCUGCGCCGGGCCCUCUGCGACUUCUUCAACGGCAACUUCAAGCGGCGGCGGCAGAAGGCCAAGGAGGCCAAGGCCAUGCUGAAGCUGAAGCGGCUCAGCCAGCAGGCCCAGCGCGCCGAGGGCAACGGCACAGCCGGAGUCAUCGCCCGCACCGGAGACAAGUGCGCCGCCACUGACGACAGCUACAUGACCAACCCAAACCUGACCAUCAGUGUGCCCAUAGCACCCGGCGAGUCCGACGUGGAGUUCCCAGAGGAGGAAGAUGACGAUGAUGAAGCUAGCGAAAGUUCUGAUGAGGAGGAGGAAGCUGAGACCAAGCCGAGUGAUGACAUCAGCCUAUCGGAGGGCAGCACAGUUGACCUGAGGAAGCCUGGGGAGGAGGAAGAUGAAUACUCAGAGAUGGCCGAGGAGGACAUGGACCCAGACAAUUGCUUCCCAGAAGUGUGUGUCCGUCAUUUCCAGUGCUGCGAUAUCAACACUAAUGAGGGGCUGGGCAGGGUGUGGUGGCGGCUGAGGAAGACCUGCUAUCACAUAGUGGAGCACAGCUGGUUCGAAACCUUCAUCAUCUUCAUGAUCCUGCUCAGCAGUGGUGCUCUGGCAUUUGAAGACAUCUACAUCGAACAGAGAAAAGUGGUCAAAAUUGUGCUGGAGUACGCUGACAAGAUUUUCACCUACAUCUUCAUCUUGGAGAUGACACUGAAAUGGAUUGCUUAUGGCUUUAAGAAGUACUUCACCAACUACUGGUGCUGGCUAGACUUUCUGAUCGUUGACGUGUCUUUAGUAAGCCUCGUAGCCAACACACUAGGCUACUCUGACUUCGCUGCCAUCAAAUCACUUAGGACCCUCAGGGCUCUCAGGCCACUAAGAGCUCUAUCCAGAUUUGAAGGCAUGAGGGUGGUGGUGAACGCUCUGAUCGGGGCCAUCCCCUCCAUCAUGAACGUCCUGCUGGUGUGCCUCAUCUUCUGGCUCAUCUUCAGCAUCAUGGGAGUGAAUUUGUUUGCUGGUAAAUUCGGCCGCUGCCUCAACCGCACGGGCUUCGUCUACAACGCCUCGCACAUCAACAACAAGACGGAGUGCCUGGCCAUGAACGACACGCAGUACUACUGGUCUAAAGUCAAAGUCAACUUCGACAACGUGGGCGCAGGCUACCUCGCUCUGCUUCAAGUGGCCACUUUUAAAGGCUGGAUGGAGAUCAUGUAUGCAGCAGUGGAUUCACGAGCUGUGGAGGAGCAGCCAGUGAAGGAGGUCAACCUCUACAUGUACCUGUAUUUCGUUAUCUUCAUCAUCUUUGGAUCAUUCUUCACCCUUAAUUUGUUCAUCGGUGUGAUCAUCGACAACUUCAACCAACAGAAACGAAAGUUAGGUGGGCAGGACAUUUUCAUGACUGAAGAACAAAAAAAGUAUUAUAAUGCCAUGAAGAAGCUUGGAUCAAAAAAACCUCAGAAGCCAAUUCCCAGGCCUUUGAAUCCAUUGCAAGGAUUCUUCUUUGACUUGGUGUCAAAACAGGCCUUCGACAUCAUGAUCAUGCUGCUUAUCCUCCUCAACAUGGUGACCAUGAUGGUGGAGACAGAUGAACAGUCCCCUCGCAUGGAGAUGAUCCUGUACAACAUCAACCUGGCUUUUAUUGUCAUCUUCACCACUGAGUGCAUCAUCAAGCUCAUCGCCCUGCGCUGCUAUUUCUUCACUGUCAGCUGGAACAUCUUUGACUUUGUGGUGGUCAUCCUUUCCAUAGUGGGUAUUGUCCUGGCGGAUAUCAUCGAGAAGUACUUUGUGUCGCCCACGCUUUUCCGAGUGAUCCGCCUGGCCCGAAUAGGACGCAUCCUUCGCCUCAUUCGGGGAGCUAAAGGAAUCAGAACGUUACUCUUUGCCUUAAUGAUGUCAUUACCGGCACUCUUCAAUAUAGGUCUUCUACUCUUCCUGGUCAUGUUCAUUUACGCCAUUUUCGGCAUGGCAAACUUUGCCUAUGUGAAGAAGCAAAGUGGAAUCGACGACAUGUUCAACUUUGAGACGUUUGGCAACAGCAUGAUCUGCCUGUUCCAGAUAACGACAUCAGCGGGCUGGGACAGUCUGCUCGGUCCCAUUCUGAAUAACUCACCUGAGGAGUGUGACCCCAACAUCCCACACACUGGCACAAAUGCUCGAGGCAACUGUGGGAAUCCCUCAGUGGGCAUCACCUUCUUUGUUACUUACAUCAUCAUUUCUUUUCUCAUUGUGGUCAACAUGUACAUUGCCAUCAUUCUGGAGAACUUCAGCGUGGCCACAGAGGAGAGCACCGAGCCUCUGAGUGAGGACGAUUUUGAAAUGUUCUACGAGGUUUGGGAGAAAUUCGACCCAGAGGCCACGCAGUUCAUAGAGUACGCCAAGCUCUCGGAUUUUGCCGACACGCUGUCCGAGCCGCUGCGUAUUGCCAAGCCCAACAAAAUCAAGCUGAUUUCCAUGGACCUGCCCAUGGUGAGCGGUGAUAAGAUUCACUGCCUGGACAUCUUAUUUGCCUUCACCAAGCGUGUGCUGGGUGAGUCAGGAGAAAUGGACGCUCUGAAGCAGCAGAUGGAGGAGAAGUUCAUGAUGGCUAAUCCCUCCAAAAUCUCAUAUGAACCCAUCACCACAACGCUGAGACGGAAGCAGGAGGAGGUUUCAGCUGUCAUUAUACAGAGGGCCUACAGAAGGCAUCUAGUACGGAGGCAGCUGAAGCAAGCUUCGUUUAUAUAUCGACAGAUCAACUCCGACGGAGCUGCCAAAGAGGACGAAAGUCCGCCCGAGAAAGAAGGACUCAUAGCCUCCCUGAUGAAGGAGAAUUACGGACCUGAGGUGGAGGUAGAGGUAGAGGAUCUGUCCUCCACCUCCUCGCCGCCGUCUUACGACAGUGUGACAAGAGCCACUAGUGAACUUUUCCAAGCUCUAAUUCCAGACUCCAGGAAUAGUGACCUGAGCAAAUCGUAUCCAGAACCUGACAGAGACCGCGAGACGUUUCUGUAACGUUAAUCAGAAAUGCUCUUUCAGACUUUAUUUCAGACUUUAUUUUCUUUUUUUCUUUUGUUUACAGAAUGUAACAUAGCUCAAACAAAACACACGAAACUCAGUCUUGAUGCAGAAGUGACACACGUGACAUCAAGACUGCGAGAAGGUUUUUGUAGGACAAGUUGAUGUUUUUUAAUUCUCUUGUGGUUCACGUUUUGUUUGAAUAUACAAGGGGAAGUGUAAAUCACGUAGACAGCUCACGUCAACUUUGCUUCACAGUUUAUAUGCAUGAGCGAGAUUCUGCAGCAGUCCCUGCAGUUAUAUCACAGAUGUAAUAACCAUAUGUUAGACUGAAAGAAAUACAGUUUAUCAACAUUUACAAAGUAUGCCUGACCGUCUGAGUUCAUUAAAGGUCUUACUUAAAUUGGUGUGAUUUCCUUCUGACAAUAGCUUUCACAUUAAGUAGAAGAGGCAAGAGUAUGACAAUAGUGGUAUAUAGCCUUGUUCAUGUUAUAUCAGUCGAUCAUAUUUUUAAACACGUUUUUGAUACAGUUAAGUAUGAAAAUUACCUCUGUCCAGGUUGUGUCACUAGCGAUGAGAAGGGGAGCAAGAGGAUGGGUCGGAAUAUCGGUUUGACAUUGAUUUGAUUUCUGUUGUCAGUUGUGUAGCUGUUUUUUGUUUGUUUAUUUGUUUCUUUCUUUCUUUUCCCAUUUCUACAAGCGAUCUCUUAUUAAUAGCCUGGUCUGAUUACAGGAUGGUGUAAUCUAGACUAGUAAAAGACAAUCAGACAUGCCUCAGCAACCGUCUUGUGUACAACAUCUGUCUUUAUUAACUAACGGCUACCAAAAAAAACUGUACAUUCUUUUCAAUGUUUCCCACAUGCUACACGUUUAAACAUCUAGCCUAUUUCUUGAUUUCUUUCUUUUGCAUGUUGAAACUGCAUCAUUUUGAGAUGACCACUUCUUUUCUUUUUAUGGCUGAAGAAAAAAAAAAAAAAACACUUAUUUUGCACCUACUGAGUUCAGCAAUAAUUUGGUACUUUUAGGUAAAAUCUAAAUAUAUUGACUUAAAUGUGUACUAAAAACAAAAAAAACGCCACUUCUAUUGUCUAUGUCUGCCUCACCUCUUAAAAGGGGAACGUCUUGCAGUCUCCCUCGCUUCUACUUUCUACAAAGCAUUGCAGCACAUCUGUUUUGUAUCUCAGACUCAUUAAGAGAUGAAUCCACCCGAGUACGUCUUUCAGGUCAGGUGCAUGAGCAGGUUUGUUGAAGGGCUGUUUUUUGUAGCAAUAGACCCCAACUGUGCCUGGUAGAACUUAAAUCCUGUUUUUCCCCCUUCUUCACCACUGCAACAGAGUCCUCACCUUUAAAAGGCACAGUAAACCUGUUUAAGACUUGAUGAUGAUGAUGAUUAUUCUAAUCGCUAUAUUAGCAUUUAUAUUCCAGUCACUGUUUAAUGUGGUGGACAAAAGUAGUUUUUAGUGCUUUUGGUCUGAAUUUGAAUCACUUCCACUCAUUCAGAUUUGUAAUACAAGCAAACCUCAUUGUCAACGGGGUACGAGCUAGUCCAUGAGUAAACAUCUCCACAUAAAAAGCCAGUGAGGUCUUAUUUCUGCAGUGUACUAAUGCUGCAUUCAUGUGCGAUUGGAAUGAUGGUAAAAAAAAAAUGGAAAGAUAGUAAAAAAAAAAAAAAAAGUUCACAACUUGAAAAUGACACAGUUUUGAUAAUACACAAAUUCAGAAGUAUUAGAUGGUACGUAUUAUUACUCAUCAUUUUUAACAGUGCAGCUGCUGUAAAUUGCCCAUUAUGUUUUUUUAUCUGUAAUCUGUGUGCAUUUAUGUAAUACCACACCAGAGCAUACUGACUCUGUUGGAGCCGCCGUUUUUGUUGUGGCAACUACAAAGCAUUUAAAUAGGACAUACAAAUAAUUAGGAACUUUCAACUAGCAUAAGAAUGCAGCAUUAGAUGUUACAUCAGACAGCGAUGGAACCAAAUUCAUUAAUUGCUAUAGGCCUAUUAGAUUUAAGCCUAGUCUUGGACUACAGAGCAUUUUAAAUAAAGAUUUUCCAUUUAAAGAAAAAUCUAUCUCUGACUAGGCUUUAUUGUCUGUCCGGAAAACAGACACUUUAUGCUCAAAAUACUGGAAUAUGCAAGAAAAUACCAAAAAUAUCUAUCAACACCUGACACCUAACAUCUACGAUCAUUCUAAAGAAAUUCGAUUAAUGCUUGUGUUUUCUUACAAGUUAAAAAUGACCCGCCAACAUGUUUAACAGCACAAAAAAUAAUCUAAACAUAAAAAUCUAAAUCUAAUGACCCCAACAUCAGAGAAACUGAAACAUCGCCUUAAUUUGUACUUCUCUCAAAGCUGUACACCACCAUGGUACAUCGAUUGUUUUAAGGUAAAGGGCUGUAACCAGAGUUAAGUCAUCACACAUUAAAUUCAAGCGAACACCAGAUAUCAUUUUUUUUUUUUACAAAAUUAACACUGCUAUUUACUACUAUUGUAUUUUGUAAGAUCAAAACAAGCCAGAAACACCAAGAACAAGAGCUUAUGUUAGAGCUUAUGUUUUUGAUGGACAGAAUUUACACAGAUGCAUAUGGGGAUUGCUUGCAUUACAUUUCUACAUUUUUUUUCUAUUUAUUCUACAAACAGUGCCCAGUACUCUGCAUAUUUGUUCUAUAAGAAACACCCUGGACUGAGUAAAUGAAUAAAGCAGUUUGUGGGGUGGAAACUGUAGUGGGAUAAUGUGGCUACUGACGCAGGCACGUCCUGUUCUCAGAUCUGUACAACACCACAGCACUACUAGCUAGCAUCUGUCCACCACUUACACAAAGCUAAAAGGAGGAAAACAUCCAUCGCAACUGGAUUUCUCGUGAUGAAGCUGCCUUUGGUGAAAUUACUUUUGCACAGGAGAGGAGCCAUAUAUUACACAGAAAAAAAAAGUUGUGUGUUUGCCUGUAGAGUGUGUGUGUCUCAAUCUGCUGAGUGCCUGUAAGGUAGUCUCUUGAGUCUCUGAGUGUGUGUGUGUGUGUCCAUUUUUCAACAUGCCAUACAGUGCUGCUGCUUCUAUGUUGGGGGGAUGAGGCAGAGGCCAUUGCUGUUAGUUGCUUGAUCUAAUAACUCCAGAUGGGUUCUAUGUGGUGGAAGCAGAGCAGAUUUGGUUUGACGUUCAGAGAGGGGGAUCUAAGGCCCCCUUCUGUUGAGCGCUUAGCAUCUCUCUCUCUCGACCUGCUUACAAAACCAAAGAGUCUAGUCCAAUUACUUUAGAAAGAACAGGAGAGAAAGGGCAAAUACAUGAAUUUCUUAGUAUUUGGACACAAAAAAGCAUAAAACAUGCAGUAUAAUUACAGCAGCACAGUAUACUGAAUUACUGUAUACUCCUUUUGUUGUUUCCUAGGCACUAAUAGCCUAAACACAAAAAAAAAAAAAAAUCACCAGAAUUCAAUUGAUGGAUAGUUUUUGUUAUAAUUUGGAACUCCCUAGAUUUCAUGUUGCGUCCACGCUGGCACACAAUCUGCCGGGCAUUAGGUUCAGUGUCCAUGGCCAGUUAAAAGAGAGUGUUUGUUCACCGGGAAAAAAAAAAAACAUUGCCAGAAUAAAAUCAGAUGGCAUUUACAAUUUGAUCAAUUAUCUUAUAAGAAAAUCUUCUAUUUGGAUCUUAGAUAUUUGGUAUUUGUGGUAUUUGAAUGUUGACCAGAACUCACAACACCCCCUCAGCACAUGUACAUAGAUAGAAUGUACCAAAUGACUCUGUCCACAUUCUAUAUGUUUGCCUUGACCCCCCCUCUAAAAUCCUGAUAAACAGGGGUUUCACACAAUAUGUAUUCUAUCACCUGCAAAUUAAGCACAGGGACACUUUUCUAUCUACUGUAUGUUUUCAAAAGAUACCAGUUUGUGCAAUACAUGAGCAGAAACAGGAACUAAAAGGCAUAUUUUUGUCUAUGCUUUGCAUAUAUAAAUAUAUAUAUAUAAAUAAUGUACAAAUAUCAGUUAUCUCAAAGCAGGUGUAUUUUAUAAAUGGUAGAAUUUGCUACACUGCUUUGUUUCUUUGUUUUCUUUUUUGUUUGUUUUCAGUUUUUUCUAUGAAAAUUUAAUGAGCAAGUUAUAGGAGAAUUCUGCUACUGGUUAAGGGUGCAAAAAUGUUUUGUCUGUUGAAACUCUGAGGUACUGAUCUACGGUCAGGCUCCCAAAAAAAAAAAGAAAAAAAAAAAAGUUAUCCAUUAGCCAAUAGAGAUGACCAAAUCAAGGCCGGAGUCAGCAUUUGGGGUUUAGACGUAUUUUUAGAGUGUCCUCGAGGCAAGAGAAUGAUGAGACAUUUUGACCCUCAAAUCAUUUUGUGCCUGUUUAUUUAUUGACUUAUUUAUUUUUUACACUGUUAGGAUGUGCAUGCUGCAAUAUGACAAAGUUCUAUGUUCUUUUGUUUCAAAGCAAGGUUUCACAUUUGUAAAGCUCAACUGUGGGACCUCCCUUUUUUUGAUUGUUAGUUUGAAAUAAAAACUAAAAAAGAAACGCAAAGGAGAUUGUCAGCUGUAGUCCUCACAAUCAGGACACUUUCACACCUGACUCAAGAGGUUUGAGUUGUGGGGGGAGGGGGGAUUUUGAAGAAAAAAAAGCACUGUUGCCAAUUAGAACAUGUAUAUCUAUAGUAAAAUAAACAAUAGGAUUCAUUCUGGUCUUUUUGAA